AUGGGUAUUUUUAUGUUAGUUGGCCCUAACAGCUCUAAAAUUAUUGAAAAACUUUGUCCACAAAUUAAUUUAUCUGAAACAUCUUUUCCAUUGAAUUUUGGACGUAAAAUUUGUUUGGGACAUUGUUGGGUAGAAGCUUUUCAUAAAAAUUAUUUUGGGGAAAUUGGAUGGGAAUUACUUCAUCCUUUAUUGAUGCAAAAUACUUUGUUUGAUUUAAUAUUUGAUUCUGGUGAAGAAUUUGGUAUUAAACCUUUUGGAGUUUAUGCGGCAAAUUCUAUGGCUGUUGAAAGUAGUUAUAGACAAAUUAAACACGAAUUAACCUCUGAUUAUAAUCUUUGGGAGUGCGGAUUACAUGCUCAUGUCGACGACCUUACUGACAAUAAUCGAGAUUUCCCUGGCAAAAAUAGUCUUAUUCAUUUGAAAAAUAAAGAACGUUGGAAAUUUAUAACAUUAGAAGUGUUUGGAGUAGAAAAUGUAGAUGCACGGGGAGGAGAACCAAUUUUUGAUGAAUUUGGUCAAAAAAUUAUUGGAAGAGUAACUAAUGGUAGUUUUGGUUGGAUAAUUAAUAAAAGUUUAGCUCUUGCUAUGGUUAAUCCAAAAUUUGCUGAAGAAGGUUGGAUUAUUUAA